CCUGUGUGUUUUACUAGGUUUAAGCGACACUGUGACGUCGCACGCGGCUGAACUCUCGUCCACGUGACCCCACACGGCCUCACCACGGUGUACGCCAUCUUCGUAAGGGCACCAUGUCGGCUUCACUUCUAGCGGCGUGGAAGAAAAAUAUCUUCUCCAGCCCGUUUCAAGCCAGAUGCGAGGGCGAAGAGGAAAGUCAAGAGCCGGUAGAAACUUUGAGUGUUAACGAAGAAAGAUCCAUUGCUGCUGCUGAUUCAUCAGACGGGGAAGAAAGCUCGACACGUCCCAAAGUCCACGAUGAGGAUUACAGCUGUGAGUUUGGCUCUGGCACUUACUAUGCUUACUGCGCUUUUGGUGGUCUUCUGAGCUGUGGCUUGACACACACUGCCGUGGUGCCCCUUGACUUGGUCAAAUGCCGUAUACAGGUUAACCCUGGCAAGUAUGGAAACAUUGUUAAAGGAUUCCAAGUCACCCUUGCCGAAGAAGGUGUGCGAGCUCUUGGGAAAGGAUGGGCACCAACGUUUUUUGGCUACUCCAUGCAGGGAGUGGGAAAGUUUGGCUUUUAUGAGGUUUUCAAAAUCCUCUAUGGCAACAUGCUUGGAGAGGAAAAUGCAUACCUGUGGAGAACUUCACUGUAUCUAGCAGCCAGUGCAUCAGCAGAGUUCUUUGCUGAUAUUGCCCUCUGCCCCAUGGAAGCUGUGAAAGUUCGAAUUCAGACACAACCUGGAUGGUCAACUACACUGCGUGAAGGAGUUCCUCGCAUCUUAAAGGAGGAAGGAGUUUCUGGGUUUUACAAAGGCCUUGUACCCCUCUGGGGUCGUCAGAUUCCCUACACGAUGAUGAAGUUUGCUUGCUUUGAGCGGACAGUUGAAAUCCUCUACAAACAUGUUGUACCUAAACCACGCUCUGAGUGCUCAAAACCAGAACAGUUAGUGGUCACCUUUGCUGCUGGCUACAUUGCUGGAGUAUUUUGUGCUAUUGUGUCUCAUCCUGCUGACACAAUUGUGUCCAAGCUGAAUCAAGACAAGGGUUCCACCUUUGUUCAGAUUGCAAAGAGGCUGGGCUUUGUGGCCAUGUGGAAGGGUCUCUUCCCCAGAAUCAUCAUGAUUGGCACGCUUACAGCUCUCCAGUGGUUCAUCUACGACUCUGUCAAGGUUGUAUUCCGUUUACCGCGCCCACCACCCCCAGAGAUGCCAGCUUCACUCAAGGCUAAGUUAGGUGUACAGUAGCAAAGAAGCUUUUAGUGCUUGGAAUAAAAUGACAGUUUUCAUAAGUCUUAUCAGGAAAAUGAAGAAAAUGCAUACAAAGUUCUUUGCAAGUAGUUGUAUUCCAGGACCUGUGGCCACAGUUUGCGUGUGUGUGUGUGUCUGAAUUAUUACUUUGUUUUAAACAUAGCUGGAGACACAUCAAGACCUUAAUCAUAGAGCAUUAAAGACAUUUGGGUUGAAUGGCAUGGAAAUCUUGACUGGGUCCAGAUGUGUGAAAACCGAGCAAUUGUCUUAUGUUGACCGUUGUCUACAAUGUCAGUUAUGGACUUUAAAAGAUAGUGAUAAAACAGUCUGCUCAUCCAUGAGCCUAAGAGCUCUGUGGUCAUUUUGUAGAGGUUUUAUUUCCUGUAGGCUAUUUAUUCCAAGCGAUAAUGUACAUUUUGGAAGUUGUUUUGCUGGUUCAGCAACGUUUUACAUGCAACUGUUUACACUGGCUGCAUGUGUGGUGCAGGUUAUGCUGUGCUUGUACAAAUUUGUAAGAUUGAUUGAAUAAAAAUAAAUUAGGAAAGUUUUCA